GCGGAGCGAGCCGACAGGAUCGCCACAUUGGGUGAUUAUUUGGGGUGGCUGCAGCAAUGCGACGAGUGCAUCGCGGAGCUAGAGGAACAGAGCCGUAUCAAGCGUCCAAGGUUGUCCAUUGGCAACAGACAAUCGCUGGUGGCUCGAAUCGCGCGACUCGAGUGUGUCAAGUGCCGAGUUGAAAGACGAUUCGUACAUUUCGGUGGUGGUGCCGGACCUUCUUCGAGCGCGCAACUGACGUGGCGUGAGAUCGACACCGCGUUUGACAGUCGCGUGCUUACCGGUGCGGUGAUUAACGUGGAGUACAUCGAGCCGCGCAAAUUUCUCGAGGACGCUCGCGAUGUAGUGGUCAAGCACGUGCGAGACGCUAUCGAACGCUAUAAUUGUGUAAAGGUGAAUACCGCGUUCAACGGGGAGUUUGUGGCGGGCGACAAACGUGCAAAUAAAAGCAUAAAUACAAAAAACUUUGAACUGUUCCGUACAACGGACCUACAACAGUGGUACGAGUCACGCGUAAUCGGUCCGAUUCUAACCGAACUCGAAGAAUUCCAGGAGCGUGAUAGCGGGUGGGCGCUGUCGCGUAUACACAACGUAACCAUUAAUGUUAACAAGUGCAAUCCUAUGCGCGCGGGAUGCCAUAUAGACAUGCCAGAAGUGGUAAAACGAAAGAAAGCAGUGAUCAACGUACAAUCAAAGGACAAUGCGUGUUUCGCGUGGUCGGUGGUCGCUGCUCUGCAUCCGGCUGAAAUACACGUGAAUCGUAAAUCGUCGUAUCCGCAUUACAGCGACGUGCUAAACCUGCGAGACAUUAGCUUUCCAAUGACACUCAACCAAGUGAAAAAAUUUGAACAAUUGAACAGUAUUUCCAUCAACGUAUACAGCGUCGAUGAAAAGAAUAAUUGUGAACACACAAUCGUACCGCUACGAGUUGCUGACGAGAAGAAGGAGAAGCACGUAAACCUUUUAUACCUACAAGAUCAGAGGGGUGCUGAAGUGGGCCACUUCGUCUGGAUAAAAAACUUAUCCCGCCUCGUCAGUUCACAAUUGAGUGGUGCCCAUGGGAAAAAAUACAUUUGCGAUCGGUGAGUAUCAAUAAAAUUUAUGAAAAA